UUGAAUCACAGUAUAUCACAGCCAGAAGGUCCGGCAGAGUGAGUGUGGGAAAGAAAGAGCAGAUCUAGGGAUUGUGGGGAAGGAGUGAGAGGAAGCUGGUGUUGUGCUGCCCUGGGAUUAUCCUGCCCUGUACUGCUCUUUGUUGGAUGCUGCUCAGGACAAUGCAUGUGGAGGAUGGACUGUGCUGCCUGAAGCCUGGAGCCUGUCUGCUGGAAUCCUACAGCUAACACCCACGGAGGAGAGGGUUUGCCUGGGAAGUGACUGCUCUGCUUGGCAUUUAAAGGAUCGUUUGGGACAUACAGAGUCUACCUGGGAUAUAAAGGAUCUGUCUGGUACUAGAGGGGACAUACAGGAUCUUACAGGGACACAAAAGAGUCUGCCGGGCCGGGAUAUACUUCGUUUGUAUGGGGCAAAAGGUUAUGCCUGGGAAAAUAAAGGAUCUGUUUUGGGCAUAAAGGAAAACCUGCUCACCACCCUGCACAGUGCAAUAAGGCACCCUGAGUUGUGCUCACCACCCUGCACAGUGCAAUAAGGCACCCUGAGUUGUGCUCACCACCCUGCACAGCGCAAUAAGGCACCCUGAGCUGUGCUCACCACCCUGCACAGAGCAAUAAGGCACCCUGAUCUGUGCUCACCACCCAACAUAGUGCAAUAAGGCACCCUGAGCUGUGUUUACUACCUUGCACCCUGAGCUGUGCUCAACAACCUGCAUAAUGCAAUAAGGCACCCUGAGCUGUGCUCACCCACAUUAUAUAUGCAAUAAGGCACCCUGAGCUGUGCUCAUCACCCUGCAUAGUGUAAUUAGUGCUGCUGGGCAGUGCUCACCAACCCCUCACAGGGCACCAAGGGCUGCUGGCACCUGGGGUUGCACCAGAGUAAUGGGGAGAGUGGUGAUCACUGUGCCCUGUAGCCUUGGCUUGUUCUGACCUGGCAGCAGGCUCUUUGCUUUUGCUUGUGUGUGGAACCCAUAGUGUGCUGGUGUCACCAUGGAAGAGUGGAGACAGUGUGGCCGGUGGCUUAUAGACUGCAAAGUCCUGCCUGCUGACCAUAGGGUAGUGUGGCCUACAGCUGUGGUCUUUGAUUUGGCCCAAGCCUUGAGGGAUGGAGUCCUGCUGUGCCAGCUGCUUCAUAACCUGUCCCCUGGAUCUAUUGAUCUUAAAGACAUCAAUUUCAGACCACAGAUGUCACAGUUCCUUUGCCUGAAGAAUAUCCGAACCUUUUUAAAAGUUUGCCACGAUAAGUUUGGGCUACGGAACAGCGACCUUUUCGACCCGUAUGACCUGUUUGACGUUCGGGAUUUUGGAAAGGUAAUAUCCGCAUUGUCUAAGAUUUCGUACCACAUCAUCGCGCAAACCAAAGGCAUUCGGCCCUUCCCGUCUGAGGAUACCACAGAGAAUGACGAUGAUGUGUACAGGAGUCUGGAGGAGCUGGCUGAUGAACAUGAUCUGGGGGAUAAUGAUAACUAUGACCUCCCGUGUGAAGAAGAUGAUAUUUACGAAGACAUCAUCAAAGUGGAAAAUCAACAGCCCAUGAAAAUGGGCAUGACCGAAGAUGACAACGAAAUUGCUGCUUACUGGAAAUUCGAGAAAACAGAAGAUAAAUAUUACAAAACACUGGAAGAAAUCAGAACAAAUUACAUGAUUCCUCUGAGGCAGAUACUGAAUUCACAGGAGAUAGCCGCAAUCUUUACAAACCUAGAGGAGCUUAUUAAAGUUCACUUUAAUUUCCUGAGAAGUAUUGAACUCUCUAUUAUGUCUGGCGGAAGCAGUAUGGGCCAAGUUUUCCUGGAUUACAAGGAAAAGCUCCUGAUAUAUGGGGAAUAUUGCAGUCAUAUAGAAUAUGCUCAGAAAACGAUGGACCAUGUGAUUGCAACACGUGAAGACGUCAGGAUAAGAAUGGAGGAAUGUUCAAAGAAGGUUCAAGAUGGGAAGUUCAGAUUACAGGAUUUGUUGGUCGUCCCAAUGCAAAGGGUACUGAAGUAUCAUCUGUUAUUAAAAGAACUUUUAAGCCAUACUUUAGAAAGUCCAGAGAAACACACACUUAAGGAAGCCCUGGAAGCAAUGCAGGAUUUAGCCAUGUACAUCAACGAAGUCAAACGAGACAAAGAGACAUUAAAGAAAAUCAGUGAAUUUCAGAAUUCUAUAGAAAACUUGCAAGUAAAACUGGAAGAUUUUGGAAGGCCAAAAAUAGAUGGGGAACUGAAGGUCCGUUCAAUGGUUAAUCAAGCCAAACAGGACAGGUACUUAUUUCUUUUUGACAAAGUGGUCAUUGUCUGUAAAAGAAGAGGCUACAGCUAUGAGCUGAAAGAAAUUAUUGAACUACACUGUCACAAAAUGACCGAUGACCCAAUGAACAAUAAAGAUAUCAAAAAGUGGUCCUAUGGAUUCUUUUUAAUUCAUCUACAAGGGAAGCAAGGAUUCCAGUUUUUUUGUAAAACAGAAGAAAUGAAAAGGAAAUGGAUGGAGCAGUUUGAAAUGGCAAUGUCAAACAUCAAACCAGAUAAAGCCACAGCAAACCAUCACAACUUCCAGAUGUUUACAUUUGACAAAACCACCAGUUGCAAAGCUUGCAAGAUGUUCUUAAGGGGCACAUUCUAUCAGGGAUAUUACUGUUCCAAGUGUGGUGCUGGUGUCCAUAAAGAGUGCCUUGAGACAAUUGAUCCCUGCAAGUUUGUUCCUAUGGAUGACAUGGACCCUCUCAUUACCGGACCCAAGAUGGUGGCGAUACAACAUUACCAUGGCAACCCAGCGCCUCCGGGAAAACCUGUGUUGACGUUCCAGAUGGGAGAAGUGAUUGAGCUUCUUAGAGGUGAUCCAGAUUCACAGUGGUGGGAGGGAAGGCUGUUGCUGACAAAGAAAUCUGGUUAUUUUCCCAGCUGUUCGGUGAAGCCGUGUCCUGUGGACAGCAGGCCCAUGAAUCGCACAGAAUACAGCAAACACCCAUGGUUUGCUGGGAACAUGGAAAGGCCGCAAGCUGAUAACUACCUAAAACCUCAUGUCAAUGGAACAUACCUGAUACGAGAAAGACCAGCAGAGGCCGAGCGCUUUGCAAUUAGCAUCAAAUUCAAUGAUGAAGUUAAACACAUAAAGGUUGUGGAGAAAGAUAACUGGAUCCACAUAACAGAAGCAAAAAAGUUUGAAAGCCUAUUGGAGCUAGUGGAAUAUUACCAAACGCAUUCUUUAAAGGAAAGCUUCAAACAACUAGACACUACUCUGAAAUACCCGUACAAGCUGCGGAGUGGCUCGAGUUCACGACCUGCUACACGAUCCCCAGUGUUCACGCCCCGUCCUGUAGGGACAGCUGUCGCUAGGUACAACUUCGCUGCCCGUGAUAUGAGGGAGCUGUCAUUGCGGGAAGGAGAUAUAGUUAGAAUUUACAGUCGGAUUGGAGGAGACCAGGGUUGGUGGAAAGGGGAAACCAAUGGAAGGAUUGGCUGGUUUCCCUCAACGUACGUAGAAGAAGAAGGAGUUCAAUGAUUUCAGCAAAUCCCUGUUUUCCUCCCAGACUUUUCUGCACAGUUUGUUUGCACAAUAGACAGACUCCGGGACUCUGCAGUAUAAUUCUCCAGCAUUCCAGACCUUAAAUAUGAAAAGAUCAACAAACAGUCCACUCCUUUCAAGAACUAUUUGUUGACUUGAUUUUUGAUUUUUUUCUUCUUUCUCGCCGGUAUUACUUGUAUAUAAGAUUUAUAAUUCUGACAGAUGGCCAUCGUAAGAAAGAGGAACUCUGUGAAAUGUUGGCACAGGUUGUUUUAAAUGAAUUAAAUUCAUUCCAGCUA